CGUGCCACUGCAGUUCCGCGCUCCCGCGGUUUACAUUUGAGCCGUCAGUGGGGGCGCGAGCUAAGGACGUCCGACAUCAGUUGACCUCGAGAGCAGGUGCUUCAGGCACUGAGGUCUCUCUGCGCAGCGCGUGAAUGCAGGAACAUGCGGGAGAGAGGCAGGGCGCUAGCGGCAGCGCCCAGGUGUGUGUGCCCGUGGCGCCAUCAUCAGGGCAGGGUGGGGCGGCGCUGGGCGGCGGAACCCUGCUGGAGGACAUGCAGGCGCUGUCACUCACCACAGUCUCCGCCUCCGAGCUGCAGCAACGCUACCAGCUGAUUGGACCGCUGGGCAAGGGCACCUACGGCCGCGUGGACUUGGUGGCGCUCCGGGGUCAAGGCACCAAGCUGGCCCUGAAGUACGUGAACAAGGGCAAGACGCGGCUGCGCUCCUUCCUGCGCGAGUACAGCCUGAACGCGGCGCUCAGCUGCAGUCCGUUCAUCGUGCAGACGCUCGACGUGCUCUUCGAGACCGAGGACAGCUACGUGUUCGGCCAGGAGUACGCGCCCGCCGGGGACCUCUUCGACAUCAUCCCCCCACAGGCUGGUCUUCCAGAGGACAUGGUGAAGCGCUGUGUCCAGCAGCUGGGCCUGGCGCUGGACUUCAUGCACUCGCGCGCGCUCGUCCACCGCGACGUCAAGCCCGAGAACGUGCUCCUGUUCGACCGCGAGUGCCGGCGCGUCAAGCUGGCCGACCUGGGCAUGACGCGGCGGGCGGGCAGCCGGGUCCGCCGCGUCAGCGGCACCAUCCCCUACACGGCGCCCGAGGUGUGCCAGGCGUCGGGCGCCGAGGGCGUGACGGUGGCCACCGCGCAGGACGCGUGGGCGUUCGGCGUGCUCACCUUCUGCAUGCUGACGGGCAACUUCCCCUGGGAGGCGGCGCUGCCCGCCGACGCCUUCUACGCCGAGUUCCUCCGCUGGCAGCAGGCGGGCUGCCCGACCGCCGUGGUGCCCUCGCAGUGGCGCCGCUUCUCCGACGACGCGCUGCGCAUGUUCGGCCGCCUGCUGACCGCCGACCCGGACCGCCGCUGCGCCGUCAAGGACGUCUUCUACUUCCUCAAGUACGAGCUGCUCACGCACCACCGCCGGCGCGCUACCUGUCGGGCGGGGCCCGCUUCCUCCUCCCGCGCCGCCCACCGGCACGCCGAGCCCUCCCCGCCGCCCGGGACUUCCUGCCUAAGGCCCGCCCCCCUCAAACGCAGCAUCCUGUCGGAGCCGCACUCUUCCAGGGAGGAGGCGUCUAAGAGCCCGUCCCCCAAUCGCAAGGACAAGAGCAAGAUGAUGAUGGCCACGCCCAUUGAGAUCUGUGUGUGAUGCUCCGCCCUCCUUUACCUCCCCCAGCCUAUCAGAAGACAGAUCACACCCCAGCAGA